AUGUCCGCGACCGAGGACUCCUUUAGCCCGCCUUCUCCCCUAUCCCAAUCCCAGUCCCAGUCCCAGUCCCAGUCCCAUUCUCCAUCUGCGGCUUCCUACUUCUCCUAUCCUGUCAGUCAUGUCGUCUCAGGCCUCUACAGACGCCUCACAGAGCCAACACCCUCACGGCCCCCCGCCUCGAAACAACCCUCUUUAGAUCCCAUGAGCGUAUCCGAAGUCUACAACCCUCCACACCGCACCUCCUCCCCGUUUCAGCCACCGCCGCUCACUCCUUUAACUCUUACUGCAGCUGGAAGCCCGGCACGCCUCCUCCUCACACGCUCCUUAGCGGAGGAAAUCCGGCUGUUAGUCCCCCCUCGUUUGCAGCUACUGGAUACUUGGCAGCUGGCUUAUAGCCUGGAUAGAGAUGGGUCGAGCUUGUUGACGCUAUAUGAUAAGUGUAGAUAUUUUGGGAGCAGGAGUCAGAGGGCGGGGUAUGUGCUCGUGGUGAAGGAUUCGUCAGCCGCCGGCUUGGGUGGUGUACGGAGUCCUGGGGCCAGCGGAGGAAAUGUGUUUGGCGCGUAUCUCACAGACCCUCCACACCCCGCUUCGCAUUACUAUGGGACUGGGGAAUGUUUUCUUUGGAGGGCUAGUGUGCUGCAUCCUGUGCCAUUCAGACAAGAGCGCACCACGACUACUACCACAAACGAUUCUGGACGUGAGGCGAUGACUACCAGUGCGGGUAGCAGGGCUGUGGGACAACCGCCGUUGAUUGAAAUAAAUAAUGACCUACUGGAACUGGCGGGUUUGCCGUUACCUCCCAGUGCGGAUACAACACACGUCCGCGGUAGGAGUACAACGCUGAGAGGUGAGGAGCAGAGUAAUGAUGAUGAUUCAAAUUAUAACGGCGGUACCUUCUCCAAGCUUUAUGAGAGCCCAUCACGCAUUGGCGAUGGUCCAGAUAGCACCGCCAAUACUACGAAGAGGAGGGAUGGGGAUGGCAGCCGCAGCGGAUAUGGGGGACAUCUUUCACCAACCCAGCGGAGUGCUAGCCGAAGCGGAAGUGGAACCACCACACCGGAACGGAUACGGUUCAAGGCGUUCCCCUAUAGCGGGGUUAAUGAUUAUAUGAUUCUAUGCGAAACGGGGUUUUUGAGUGUUGGGGGCGGGUAA